AUGUCAUCACCACUCAAGAGGUCCCUCAGUACCACAGGCCGCUCGAUCAGUCCUCCUCCCCUACAACGCAAGAUCCCGCGUCUGACAGAACACGUGUCCAGCACGCGCGAACCAUCUGUGGAUCAGUUACGAAUCUUUAGUUGGAAUGUCAACGGCGUCGGGCCCUUGCUUCAGAAGCAAUUAUCCUUCAGUGCUGACUCUCUUUCACCGUUGAGGACAUUCCUGAAACGCCACCACUGGCCACAGUUUCUCUGCCUCCAGGAAGUCAAAAUCAGUUCCAAAGACACCGCCACUCAACGCAGGCUGCAGGCUGCUGCGAAUCAAAGUGCCGCAGGUGAUGAGCCUAGUUACACUAUCGAGUUCUCUCUUCCUAGAGACAAAUAUAAUGCCACUGGAUUCGGCGGCAAAGUUCAUGGAGUAGCGACUCUGAUACGUGAUGAUUUCGGUUCAAGGCUUCGUGCAACCCGACGUCCGGAUUGGGACUUGGAAGGACGGGUCUUAGUACACGAGCUAGACAUGGGGCUGGUGGUGAUCAAUGGGUAUUGGGUCAACGGUACGUCGAAUCCUUAUCGAGAUCCUGAAACGGGCCAAGUUGUUGGGACACGACAUGACCAUAAGCUGCGCUUCCAUCAGUGGAUGCUGGACGAAGCCCUUCGACUCGAAAGGUCAGGGCUGCAUGUCAUUUUGAUUGGUGACAUGAACAUUGCCAGAGCCAGAAUCGACGGCCAUCCAAACCUACGAACGUCACCUGUGCAGCAUGUUAAGAACCGUGCAGAUUUCAACGCCAAGUUUUUCACAGAUGAGAACGGCUUGAGCGCAGUUGAUGUCUUCCGACAUAAACAUGGUAAUCGGCAGAAACACACCUACCACCCACGCGGUAGGAACUGGGGCGAGAGCUGCGACCGGGUAGACUUGAUCGUCGUCAGCCGCUCCUUGGUGGAUCCCCUUGAUGCUGUCGCUGAAACUGAUAUACUUGACAAUGCAUUGGAUCGUGGACAUUCUGACCAUGUUCCACUCUGGAUAGCGCUCGACAUGUCCAUAUUCAGCGCGAAAGCAGCACAAUCGGGAUCAGAUUGA